AUGGCAGCUCAGACAAAAGCUGCAAAGCUAUCCUCAUUCGCCUUGAGGAUAAGCGCUCUAGUAUUCUUCAGACUUGCACACUUUGGCUUGGUAGCCUUUUCUCUCUUCGCCAUCUAUGUUCCGUCUUAUAUUGCGAGUUACUUCACUAAGCCAAAGGUUGGCGUCCUCAAAGAUGAGAUUGACGUUACCGUAAAGGAGUCUAUCACAGCUGAAACCCCCCUGUUGACAGAGGAUGGCGUCGCCGUCGUGCCUGAGCCCGAGAUCGUUACCGAUGUAGUAGACUUCAAGGAGAAGGUCGUUAUCGGUGAAAAGGUUCCCAGCAUCAUCAAUAUCCUCUUGUCUGGAGCUCCCAGUGCCGCGCGUCCAAUCGCGAGUUUUCUGACCUUCCUCAUCAACGCUCUUCUCAUCGGCUUGACUGCUGAUGCUCUAUAUCGUGCUCGAUGGUACUACCCCUCUGACGACCUGUCUUUUGUUCGACUCGGCUAUGUAUCGCCAUCUGAGGCGAGGUUCGUCAUUCGCGAGCCUGACCAGCUUCAAAUGCCCGUCAUAUUCGAAUAUCACGUUAAGGAUGCUGAGUCGACUUACGACCCCAAGAUAUGGCUCACUGCAGGCUUUAUCACCUCUACUGACAACACCACCGACUUCACCACGACUAUGACAGUGCCUCUGGACCCCGCAAAACAGAUGGCAUAUGCAUGGAGGACUUCCAACAACCACACUGGCGAGUUUCGCUCCGCUCCCAAGGCAGGAGAGAUGCCUGACCACAAGGAUGGCCUCUUCACUUUCCUCUCCACCUCGUGCAUUCUUCCCCGAUUCCCUUACAACCCACUCGAUCAUGCUUUGGCCAUCCCUGGCUUGAAAAAUCUUGCCAACCUGUUGCCUACGCUGGAUGCCCAAUUCAUGCUGUUCCUUGGUGAUUUUAUUUAUGUCGAUGUUCCCGAACGAUUUGGAAAGACCGCAGAGGAGUAUCGUAUGCAAUAUCGACAGAUCUAUGCUUCACCCGACUGGGCCCCUGUUGCUCAAAACCUCAGCUGGAUCCACGUUCUCGAUGAUCACGAGAUCUCAAAUGAUUGGUCUUCCAACACAACUGGUAUCUACAGCGCUGCCGUGGACCCUUGGCACCUUUACCAAGCCAAUGUCAACCCUCCUAUCUCUGAGGCCGCAGGUCCCCUCAACCUUAGACGCAAUGCCACCUGGUAUGAGUUCACUCAAGGUCCAGCUAGCUUUUUCAUGAUGGACACUCGCAGCUACCGCUCCAGCAACAACGCGCCAUUCAACGCUACAGACAAGACCAUGCUGGGCAAGGAGCAAUUGGCUGAUCUGUUGGCCUGGCUCGCCCGUCCUAUGCCCAAGGGCGUACGAUGGAAGUUCAUUGCUUCUUCUGUCCCCUUCACCAAGAACUGGCCCGUCAAUGUCAAGGACACGUGGGGUGGCUUCCUCGUUGAGAGAAAGCAAAUCCUUGAGGCUAUGUGGGAUUCUGGUGCACGAGGAACUAGUGUCGUUAUUCUCUCUGGUGAUCGUCAUGAGUUUGCUGCAACAAGGUUCCCACCUCCUGUUGACUCGCGAUGGCCACAGUCCGCUUCUGCCCACGAAUUCUCUACCAGCCCUCUGAACCAGUUUGCUUUCCCUUUCCCCACAUACAAGCAAACAGAUGAUGAGGAUGUUAUGAUGAGCUAUAUUCCUGGAGGCCAGUCCAAGUUUGGUUCUUUCUCGAUUGACAAGCUUGAGGACAACAGGAGUUCGCUCUACUAUACCCUAUACGUUGACGGCAAGGAGACAUGGAAGGCGACUGUUCAGGCUCCAGAUUCACCUGAGGUUGUUGUUGAGGUUGUUCCCCCCUCGUUCUGGGAUAAGAUUAAGUUCUUCUAG